AUGUGUGCUGCAAGGGCAACGCGUGCACGAAAGACACGGUUAGAGUUAGAGAUUGAACGGAACCGGGCUGAAGGCAAUCUAACGAAGGCCUUGGAACAAGCCUACCCCCUCAAAGGCGAACGUGGCGGAUCAAUUGCCUGCCUCUUUCAUCUCGUAUUUUGUGAAAAUAAGUUAGAGCCAUCCGAAAAGGAUUGCUCUUCAGCAAUCGACUUUGUGGGUGCCGAAUCAGCCGCGGAAGAUGCUCUGCGCACUGCUUCUGACGAACAGUAUCGUUUAGAGGCUCUGGUAUUGAAAGCUAAGAUUGCAUUUAUUCGGGAAAAGUAUGCCGAUGUUGUGGAACUCCUGAAUGCUGUCGACUUAAAGAAUGCUAAAAUCGAGUCCUACACUGCACGCUUUGUGCGCCUGCUUUGCGAAGGUUUGGCCAUGUUGGGCCUAAGCAAGGAGCAUACUGUCUCGAAGGCGGAGACUGUCAUGUCUCCAGAAAUCUGUGACUGCUAUGAAUUAGCCGGAAAUAUGUGCAUUCGACAUCUGCAGGAGUUGGAGUCUACUGUGCCGGAGUCUGCCCUGCCCAUCGGAAUUCCCAAGGUUGUCGAGCUGGCAAUAAAGAGACGGGUUCUGAUACCUUUGCAGCAGAAGUAUGUUGAACAUCUGCGUAGUCAAUUUGCCACUUUUAUUUGCUUCCACAUGAAUAUAAAGGAUUUAAACUUUUGUGCCGUAUAG